CUGUGGUUGAGUGAGAGUGACCGAUGAUAAAGAUAUCAGUCGCUGUGAACGUCCGUACACACACACUGAUAAUAGAAAGGACUGUCCGAUGGUCAAACAAGCACGAAAGGGGGAAACGAAGCAACACACAGAGGUCAACCAGUCGGAAUAAGGAAGGCGCAAGCGCAAGAAAAAGACAGAGAGACCGUUGCCACUGGGCUGUCUUCAACGGUCUCUCCUCCCCUGUCUACUCCCGUCCUGUCUCCUCAAGUUUACAAGACGCGGCUAAGCUCGCAGGAGUGGCCUCGCAGCGUCUCAUUCAUAUGCAUGAGCACAUACACAUACACGAAUCAUACAGACCCAGAGGAGUGAAGGCAGACAGUGCACCCCAGAAGCAACCCAAAAAGUGCUCGUGCGCUGAUGAAGUGACGAAUCACCGGCGAUGAGGGAUCUUCCCUCCCUUCAUCAGCGCAGCGAUAUACACCACAACAUGCACGCAAGGCACCACUUUCCUCAUGACAGACUCAUCAUUGAUGUGUCAUUUCUUGCACCCUGCAACAGUCGUCAAGGUUUGGGUAUUUACGCAGGUGAGCCGAAGGCGCGAGUGCGGACGCUUUCACGCCGGCACCACAGCGGCCCACCCGAUACGGUACACGUACUUUGCAGAUCCAAACACCAAAAGAGCCGAGGCGCGACAGGGAUAUGCAGCCAGGCCAACAACAGCACUCGUGACUGGCCCAUCACGCCUGACGCAGGGCAGCACUACGAAGUGCAUCCGCCUACGCUUCACAAAGCCAGACGGUCACCGGUGCAUCUCUGUCCGCUCCGCGCAUCUACCUCUCUGUCUGUCUGUCUGUCUGUCUGUCUGUCUAAGAAAACACUACCAAUCGGUCACACAGAAAGUUGAUACGAUACCACCUUUCUUACGAAAAUCCGAGUGAGCGGGGAAAUCGAAUGUCUCUCUCUGUUUCUUCCUUGUCUUCCUCUCCUUGCCGCCCUCCCUCCCUCCCGCCCAGAACACACGACACGCAUCAUGCCAUGCAAGUACAAAGGGUGAGGACGGACGUCAUAUACACGCAUGCACACGCGCACCCAUCAUGACAUGCAACAGUAAACGUGGCUGGACACGACGUCACACGGCCAACCAUAUACACACGCACACACAUGCACACAUGCACACGCGCAAAAUGGCUCGGGUUCGUUCGUUGUGAAAAUCGGGCGAGCCCAUUUCAUUUGCGGCUUGAAAGUCUGUCUGGAAAUGCAGCAAGCAGGCAAGCAAGGGGGGAGGGUGAGAGUGACGGCAGGCAGGCAGGCAGGCAGGGCGAGCUGAGGUGAGGGAGCAACGACUAUUUGCUAAGGGCUAAAGGCUAAUAUCUUCAGAGUACAGGAAGCAAUUCGUGUGUGUGUGAAUGUGUGUCGUCCGCCUGGCUGACCGCCAGAUACGUGUGUGAGUGAUGUCGCACAAAAUGGACACACCGGCGAGGAAGCUGAGCUGUCUUUCCGUCAUGCCGACUAGCCCACGGCUUUCUUAUCCAUCUCCCUGUCUGUCUGUCCUCUCCCGUGGCCAACAAACAACCGCCACCAAGGAGACCACGAAUUGCUUCCGUCAAGUAGUAGUGAGUGAGACAGUGGUGAGUAGAGUGGUGAGUAUAUGUAAGGGAUUGGCUAAACCCUAUGCCUGCAUCGCAUCCAUGCCAUGGACUGGACUGGACGGGGGACGGGUGGACUCUCUCAGCUCUCUGUCACACGCAAGGCACGCACAGAAACAUGAGAUGGAUGGGACGCCACAAAUCAAUGCGGCUGGAAAAAAAGCGCGCAGCAAGAGAGAGGAGGGCAGCAGGGGACGGACGACGGGACGAGACGGCUGGCAUGCAUGGGUGCGGACGGGUGUGGAAGCGUGGAAAACCUCUGGCGAGGCGAUCCAAAUAAGACCGACCGGCAGAGGGCCAUGGCAUGGGCGGGGAGACGACAGGGUGUGGUGUGGGAGCAUCGUAUCAUGCACUGCAUACGUAGAGGCAGGGUAGGUGAGUGAGUACAAGUCAGUCACUAAAAGCACACAGCCACUGCACGCAUCGCAUCGCAUCCACAUACUUUUGAGUGAGUUAGGCCCUACGCAUGUACUUAAUGCAUGGACCCCACGUAGGAUAGGGUAGGACGAGGAAGCAAGGAGGGAGGCGGGCGGAGCAAAACCCUAAACAAAAAGACAGACAACACAUGAACGGGUAGAGGAAGGGGGCGAGGCCACAUGGACUGACUGAUCCUGGCUGUGCCCACCUUCUAUCUUUCCCCAUCCACACACACACACGGCCGUUCCCCUCCCUCCCCCAUUGCAUCGACCUGUCUGGGCUGACCCAGCUGUCUGUCUGUCACCUACGCGUCCGUCUCCUGUGAGAAAGCGGGCGGCGGUAUGGUAUCAAGUCAAGAAGGCAAGGCAAGGCAAGCGGAGCGGCAGAAGAUGAAAGCCGCAGCGCCCCCCACCACACACACACACACCCCACACACCACACACACACACGUAUGGUAUGUAUAUAACCUGCCUACGUCACGUACGUACGACACAUCUCUCAGGCAGCAGCAAUGCAAUGCAACUCAAGGCAACUAGUUGCCUUGCUCACAGGACGGGACGGGGCGGGACGGGACGGGCAGCAGCAAUCGACUCAAUCGGUCGCACGGCAGCCAGGUAAGGUAGGAAAGCAAUGGGAAGGCGAUGAGAUGAGAUGGAGCAAGGCAACUACACCCUACAGAGCGCAAGACAAGACGAGGUAAGGCGAGACGGUUUGUAAGACGGCUGCAAGGCAAUUAUGUCAGGGCACACAAACAGUCAGUCGGUUAGUCAGUCACUCGAUAGCUCUCAUGCAUGCAAUGCAAUGCACAGGCAUGGACUACGAACGAAGAAAAUCCGGCACAAAACGACAUACACGAAGGAAGAAAGGACACGACACCCCACCCCCCACACACACACCCAAUUCGAUACUCACAAACCGCUGACAAAAGUACGUUUGCACGUCAGUCAGUUUGUGGAUGGAUGGAUGGAUGGAUGAGGGCACCCAAACAAAGCCUCAUCCUAAAAUCUAGGCCCGUUCGACAGACACGGAGGGUGGAGAAGGAAGAUGAAAAAGGGACAAUCUUCCCUCUCCAUCCCUCCUGUCCGCCGCGCCGAGCGUUGUGGCUUUCCUUUUGGAUGAGACCCCGUUUCCCUCCAAGGCGCCCGCACACACACAGGUGAACACACGCGCCCACACGCGAGUCAGACGCACGCACCUUAUGCAUUCAUUGACUAGACGACGAUCGAUGUAUCCCUCCCUUCCUCCCUCCCUAGAAGCAAGUAGGAUGCCGUGGCGUGGAUGGAAGGCAGUGGAUGUGAGCUGUGUUGUGAGCACUACUGCAGGCAGGAAUCGUUCCCACUGAUGUGAAAUGUGGGCCUACGGGUCGGGUCAGUGGCCGAGAUGGCCCAUCGAUUCGUUAGUUAAUCCAACUACCGCAUUCACCGUCUGUCCUUAUGAGAGAAUGGAAUAGGUGGCGGCGAAAAGAUAAAGCACAAAUACCACAGACGGGUUACCAGCUGCCUACCUACCUGCACGCCAUGCACAAACACAUCAAUCAUCACCACACAAGGCGCAAACGUCCAGCAAGCCGCCGCUCCCGCCCCUCCCAAUGUAUGUCGAUUAAAUACAGAUAUGGUCGUGCGAAAGAACGACAACGCGAAACACAGCACAACACAAUACAGCCGCGAAGAAACGAUGGUACGACACGACAGCAAAGCGAUAAGUCAGCCAAGAGAGUAACUCACUCCCUCCCAUGCGCCUCCCACACACUAAGUACCCACGCCGUCCCCUCCCCUCCCCCCCAUCUAACCCCACCCUCAUCAAACAACAUCCUGUAGAGCAACCAGUACGGUAUGGUGCGCGAUUCACGCGCUGGAGAGAUACAUAUGCAUACCGUCACUCAGUCAGUCAGCCAGUCAGUAUGUAUGGACGUACGUCAGCGAUUCGAUUCCCCACCCCCUGUGUCUUCACGUUGUUGGUCUGUCUUUCACAGCCCCCCCUCCUGGCCCUCGUGGUCGUCGAGGAGGCCCCUGGGCAGCGCCAGGCGCUCGCGGUCCGUCAGAGUGGUGUAUGGGGUGGGGGUGGCCUGUCGGUGGCCGUGGGCGGCAUCAGCAGAGGCCUGUGGGAAGUGUGAGUAGAAUGAGGGCGGGGGGUCCUCGCGCUUGGGCGACUUGGACCACGCCGACGAGCCAGAACGCGACCAGCUGGAGGAUGCACCUGAGCCCAUCAACAGAACAGAACCACACACAAUACACAAUGAGGCGUGACCAGACCGACAGAUCAGACCACAUUAAUUACAUUGCACGCAUCGCAUCCCUUCUGGACAGACACCCGUAUGCUCUGCUGUGCUCUGCUCACCCUGCAUGACGGUCGAGAGGUCACUGUCGCUCCCCUUGUGUGGGCUGUACCUCUGCACCAGCCGUCGGCACCCGUCCCCACCAUCAGCGUCCCACCCACCACCGCCGAUGGUGAAGCCCAUUCCCCUGCCCAUGCCCAUCUGCACGUGGCCGCUAUUGGCCUCGUCGUACAGCCCGGGCAUAUUGAGGUGGUGGGGUGGCGAUGACAGCGGGGCCGGCGGGAGUGAGGGUGUCGAGCCGCUUUGGCUGCUGGUGCGAUCGGCCUGGGGCACCGGGUGUUUGCGCAGCGAGUGCAGCACAAUGGGCAGGGCCGUCUCGAGAAUGGCGGGCUGCAGGGCCUUGGUGGUCUGGUCGUCGGCCUGCGUGUAGUAGUGCAGCAGGGCGUGCAGUGCCGCUGUCGCAUCCUCACUGUUGCUGAUGACCAAGUUGGGGCGACUCGUCGACGCCAGGGGCGCCAGCUCGUUGUCAGGGAGUGACAUGGGGGUUGUCGGAGAGGCGUGUGACGACGUAUAGGCCGACCCGACCACCGCCGACGCGCGUGUGGCCUCCUCCUGGCACAGCAGCUGGCCCACGUUGGGGAGGCUCUGCAGGAAAUGGGCACGCUCGCUCUCGGGGAGGCUGCGGAGGGCGGUGAGUAUCUUGGUGAGCUGGUCGUUGGGCUGCUGUGGCGGUGCAGUGGGGACCUGGACGGGUGGCUGGGGUACGUUUGGUCUGGUGGCGGCGGGCUGUGGCAUGGGUGGGAGCUGUCGGUUGCUGCUGUUGGGGGGGCCCUCGACCAGGAUGACACCCUCGAUGGGCGGCAGCUCGAUGCCGUCGUUGCGGUGGUACUUCUGGUACAUCUUGUACUGGCGAUCGGGAUGGUCUGCGUUCCAUUCACACAGAGCCGCACACAGAUAGGAUGUGGCGUUUGUUCGUCAGGUCAAGUGCUGGUUUGUCUGUCUUGUCGGUUGCUCAGCUCACGUGUGCGGUCCUCAGCGCGACUGUGGAUGAAGGGGCAGUAGUACCUCGGGCAGCUCGACAUACGCUGGUACGACGGGCACUCACGGGUCUUGUAAAACAGCGGGUGGUAGAAUAUCUCCUCUGAUCGUUCACACACACACACACAAUACAAUCAAUGCAUUGCACACGUGACGGUGACGUGCCACACCUCGCUCCUCCUAUCCCCAUCUGUCUGUCUGUCCCCGUUGGUAGCUCCCUCACCGGCCGAGUGCGAGUAGGGGCACUUGUCGCCCAUCUUGCAGGUGUUGGACCGAAUGGACUCGUUCUCGAAGUCGAUCUGGACGUCCGGGCACUUGAGGUGGCAGUACUUGAUGGCGUCCUUGCUGUUGUGGUAAAACACACGCCGUCUCGUCCACUCGGUGUUGUGCGAGUAGGGGCAACGGUCAGCCCCGAAGUCGCAACGGCCCUCUACCAGCCGCUGGCACUUGGACGUGCGAAACGUCCGCAGAUUCUCAUCAGACAGGUACUGAGUGCGAGACAUAAUGGUCGACGACGUGAGCGACACCAACAGGGAGACGUGGGCAGAACUGAGCGGCAAACGCCUGGAAAGGCAGGACAUGCACCAAGCAAGUGCACCCAGACAGUGAUGAAAGGCGCCUUUGUGUGUGAGACACUGCCCACCCCCUGCCUGUGCCUUUUCGUCUCGUACCGAUGACGGGAGGGCUACAAGACACUCACGGCCGACGGACAACACCAGAUGUGGCCCUCAACUGGCGUGGUAGCUCGGGAACAGCCCAGAGCCUGUGGGUGGGCAGAUGUUGACCGACAGCACACAAGGCGACUAAGCGUCAGGGAAAGAGAGAAAGAGAGAUGGGGAGAGCCGACCGAGGCAGCCAACAGCACGAGGGAAGAGCCGUGUCAGGAAAGUCCGAACCUACGUCAGGGGUUUGGG